AUGGAUACAGUGGAGAACCUCACUAUGUCUAACGUGAGUGUGGACAGUAACAUAUCUGUGGCGGCGAACCAAACUCUGGGCGUUUGGACUGACCACACAACAGAAUACAAAGUGGCCAGCAUCUUCCUAGUGUCUCUGAUCUGUGGGGUUGGGAUAGUUGGUAACGUAAUGGUCAUUUUGGUAGUUUUGACCACCAAACACAUGCGGACUCCCACAAACUGUUACCUGGUGAGCUUGGCCGCGGCUGACCUCAUGGUGCUGACGGCUGCUGGACUGCCCAACAUCACGGACGCACUGUAUGGAGAGUGGGUUUAUGGGUACGCAGGCUGUUUGGGCAUCACUUACUUUCAGUAUUUGGGAAUAAACGCAUCAUCUUGCUCCAUCACUGCCUUCACAGUUGAACGUUAUAUUGCCAUAUGCCACCCCAUAAAAGCCCAGUUCUUGUGCACUUUAUCCAGAGCCAAAAAGAUUAUAAUGGUAGUUUGGGCACUCACAUCUGCCUACUGCGUAAUGUGGCUGUUCUUGUCCGACACGACCAAGUUAGUCUAUGACAACGUGGUGCUGCUGAACUGCGCCUACAAAGUGUCCAGGAAUUACUAUCUGCCCAUUUACUUUACGGAUUUUGCGGUGUUUUACGUGUUGCCGCUCAUGCUGGCCACAGUUUUAUAUGGGCUCAUUGGGAGGAUAUUGUACCUCAACCCGCUGCCCACGGACCCCAAAGGCAGCACCCAGAAGUGGAAGAAGGAGAGCAAUUGCCAUGGCGCACGGAUGGUCAGCACCAACUCCUCCGGCUCCACCACGGCCGCCUCACGCAGACAGGUAACAAAGAUGCUUGCUGUGGUGGUCAUCCUCUUUGCUUUGCUGUGGAUGCCCUACCGAACUUUAGUGGUGGUCAACUCGUUCCUGGACGAGGCUUACCUGGACACCUGGUUUCUCCUCUUCUGUCGCCUGUGCAUUUACCUCAACAGUGCCAUUAACCCUGUCAUCUACAACGCAAUGUCCCAGAAGUUCCGCUCUGCUUUCCAGAAGUUGUGCCAUUGCGGACCUCAGCGAAUGGAGAAACCAGCCACGUACAGUCUGGCUCUCACCUACACCGUUAUAAAGGACACGUCCAACGGGGAGAGUCCAGAUCACUUGACUACAGAGGUGGACGAACUGCGAACGCCUCUGGAUCAUUACAUACCCACAGAGAAGGUGGUUUAUGGGGAAGCUGGACUAUUGGGGAAUGAAGUGAAAACUUGA